UCUAAACUCCCGCGAAAGCCCAAAGCCGAAGAAUACCAAACCCUUCCCUCAGUCUCACUUCCGCCUGCUAUUCUCUCUAUAUUUUUUUGUCUCCCUCUCUCCACUGAGAGCAGGCAGAGAUGAUCGUACUCCAAAACAAUCCCUUUCCUUUUCCUUCAGCCAACACCCACCGCCACCUCUUCUCUAUUCAACCCAUCAGAGCAUUUCCAAAGCAAAGCAUCCUUAACCCUCUCUACAUCUCCUUGAAACCCAUCUUCUCUUAUUUAAGCACUUCCAAUCACAAACCUUCUUCCCAAAUCGAACUCUUCAUUUGUCCAUUGUGUUUAAACUACUUAAUCCCUCCCAAAGAUUCAGCCUCUUGGUUUCCCUUUUCAAGGAAAAAGAAUGGCGUCCGAAGAAGGUGCUUUCGUCGAGCCCCGUGUUGCCCCUUCGAAGUACUCGGAGAGGGUGGUUCUGAAAUCCAUCGUGGGUCGUAGUGAUCGGGGGUCCGAAUUGAUUGGGGAGCGAGUUGUGAUUGGUGGAUGGGUGAAAUCAUCCAAGGAGCAAGUAAAGGAUCUUCCUCAACAACCUGAUUCCAUGGCGAUUGUUCCAGGAAAGCAGAAAGAUGUGAGCUGUGUUGAAAUUCUUCAGUCACGAAUUCCACUUUUCCGAUCUAUCAUGAAGAUUUUGGCUGCAAGCCACACCCCCAUUCGGGAGAAGUUGGAGAUCUUGGCUGCAAAACCUGCCUCCCAACCUUCCAUUGUUUACUUGCAAGUAAAUGAUGGUUCUUGUGUUCCCAAUCUUCAGGUGAUGGUGGAGUCCUCUAUAGCUUCUCCCAGUCAUCUAACACCUACAGGAACUUCAAUUGUCGCAGAAGGUGUACUGGAACAACCAUCCAUUCCCUGUAAACAUGUAGUAGAACUUAAAGUGGAGAAAAUCCUACACAUCGGGACUGUUGAUCCUGCACGAUACCCAUUGGCAAAGCCAAAAGUACCUUUGGAAGUUCUGCAGGGUUAUCCCCAUCUUCGUCCUCGCACAAUCACGGUAGCAUCCAUUACUCGAAUUCGCAGUGCACUAACCCAUGCAACUCAUACAUUCUUCCAAAAUCAUGGGUUCCUUUAUGUGCACACCCCUGUUAUCACUACUACUGAUGCUGAAGGUUUUAGUGAGAAGUUCCAAGUUACAACUCAUUGUAUUGAAUCAGAUCAGAAAUUGGCACCCAAGGCAACACAAGAUGACGAAGCUGUUAACCUUGAAAAUGUUAAGGCUGCUAUAAUGGAAAAAAGUAAAAAAAUUGAAGAGCUGAAGAGAAGUGAGAGCAAUAGAGAGGCACUGUUUGCAGCACUUGAGGAUCUGAAGAAGGCCAAUGAACUAGCCUCACAAUUGGAAGCCAAAGAUAAAUUGAACCAUAGAAAUUCAAUUGAGUCUGGAAAGAGAGAAUUCUCUAAGGAUUUCUUCUCUCACAAAACAUUCUUAACAGUAUCUGGUCAGCUUCACCUUGAGAGUUAUGCCUGUUCCCUUGGUAGUGUUUACACAUUUGGGCCCAGAUUUCGAGCAGAAAAACAACAGAAUAGAAAGCAUUUGGCAGAGAUGUGGGAGGUUGAGCUUGAAAUGGCUUUCUCUCACCUAGAGGAUGUCAUGGCAUGUGCAGAAGACUACUUGAAGUUCCUAUGCCAAUGGGUUUUAGAAAACUGUUCUGAAGAUAUGCAAUUUGUAAAAAAAAGAAUAGACAGAAGUGUUACAGAUCGUCUUAAAUUGGUGGCAUCAAAUUCAUUUGAAAAGAUCACUUACACAGAAGCAGUGGAACUAUUGAUGAAGGUUACGGAGAGGAAAUUUAAAGAAAAAAUCGAGUGGGGUGUUUCUCUAACUGAAGAACAUGAAAGUUAUUUGACUGAUGAGAUUUUUAAGAGGCCUGUAAUCAUAUACAAUUUUCCAAAAGAAGUUAAACCAUUUUAUGCUCGCCUCAAUGAUGAUGGGAAAACAGUUGCAACAGUUGACAUAGUUCUACCAAAGGUUGGAACCUUAAUUAGAGGUAGUCAAAAGGAGGAGCGCAUUGAUCUGCUCACUGCAAGGAUCAAGGAUUUGGAUUUUCCAAGAGAGCAGUAUGAUUGGUAUUUAGAUCUUCGCAGGCACGGAACUGUCAAACAUUCUGGGUUCAGUCUCAGUUUUGACCAUAUGGUUCUCUUUGCUUCUGGUCUCAUUGACAUCAGAGAUGUCAUCCCUUUUCCCAGGAGUCAUGGCAAUGUAAGCUACUAAUCAAGAUCUCUGCUAGAACUUGCGUGGGGUGGAAAAUAAAGAUUAAUGCAAAAUCGUUGACUUUCAGGAUUGCAUUUCUAGUAAUUGUAUAUUGUCCACUGUUAUAUAAUAAAUUUCCUUUGUGUUCAGAGAUAAUUGUCCUCUAGUUCAAGGUGGAAGUAAUCCAUGUAUAUAGAUGUUCAGAUGUAAUAUUUCAUUUAUACAAUCAUCCAACAGAUUGUCCUUUCAUUGUGUUGUGAA